AUGACGUGUUGCAUUUAUGAUGGUCGCACUGUCAGCUUGAUAAUUGGAAUUCUUGUGUACUUAUAUGCAACUGAUCCAAGAAGAAUACCUGGCAAUCGCCUUCUUGACGAAGACGACUAUGAGAGGUUGCAUUUAUCAAGCAAAGAUGUUCUUCCUCCGCCUUCUAUCUGGAGGGAUUCUUGGGUGGCAACAAGAUAUGUUAUGAAAGUGAAGACAUUUCAGAUCAUUGUCCUGCAAGGGAUCAUUGGCUCAUUGCCGUGGACUGCUAUAGUUUUCUUCACAAUGUGGUUUGAACUCAUUGGUUUUGACAAUAAAAGCUCGGCAGCACUGAACAGCCUCUUCGCCAUCGGUGCCUUCAUGGGCAUCCCGUUUUCUUCGAUCCUCCUCACAGUCAUCCCCCAGUCAGUUGACUACUGGUACGCCUUCGCGGUCACGCUUUUCUUCAUGGGCAUCACGAUAAGCUGGUGCGCCACCUCGGCAAACAACCCUAUGUUCGCUGAGGUGGUCCCUCCCAAGCACCGCACCAUGAUCUAUGCCUUCGACCGUGCAUUCGAGGGCUCAUUCGCCUCGCUGGCUGCCCCCGCUGUGGGCCUAGUCACCGAGAAGAUUUAUGGCUACGAUACCAAGACUGUGAACCUUGCGGAAGGGGCGUAUGCGCUCUCAAGAGGGCUGCUGACCAUCCAUGAUGAUCGUGCCUUUCGGCGUCUGUGUCCUGUUCUACAGCCCCUUGUACCUUGUGUUCAAGCACGACAGAGAGAACGCGAAAUUAACCAGCUUCAAGGAGCAGGAGCUAGUGUGAUGAUAUGA